GUACAAAGAGCUCAGAAGUGUUUGCUCAGUGUUGUUUGCAAUGACUUUCAGUGGUAUAUAGUGAGUAAGGCUUGUGUGUUUGGCGGUUCUGUGGGUUAUUACACGGUGUUUUUCAGAUUAGCUGUGUGCGGGUGUGAUGGAGUCGUCGGGCCCGAGCACAGCCGCUCCAGAGUUUGAUGUGUACGGGGCGAUGGACUGGAAGGACGGAGUGGGAACACUGCCUGGCAGCGAGCUCAAGUUCCGGGUGAAUGAGUUUGGGGUCCUGGAGGUCAUAACGGACGAGAUGGAGGAGGAGAGGGGCAAAAAAGCUCACGCCACCACCACGUGGAGCGUCCCCACUGCACAAGAGGCUCUCUCUAAGGAGCCGGUCUCAAAGGAGGAGACAUCGUGGGCCCAGCGAGGCCUCGUGUGUGUCCGCUGUAACAGGAAGGGCUCGGUGGUGGACUUCCUGUCUGACGGGCUUCACUGCAGUGAGCGCUGUCUGCAGCAGGAGCAGCAAGAUGAGCUGAAGAGAGAAGGCUCCAGAGCAAACGGAGAGGCGCUCGGGAGGACGAGAUCCCGCAUGACCGAGAGACUUGCUGAAGACAUGGACAGCUCGAUGGAGAUCGCCGAGGAGGAUGAUGAAGACUACGAAGAGAAAGAAAGCAGGCGGCCAGCACGAGGGGCGACGAGAGGCCGCAGGAAACGCAGAGGAGAUGCAGCGCUGCUCAGAUACACGGUUCCGUAUGGAGGCAAGAAGAAGGCGUGGUGUUGGGCCUCAUACCUGGAGCAGGAGAGAGCCAUCGCUGCCCCUAGUAAACUUUUCAAGGAGUAUCAGUCGUUUCCGCAGUGUAAGAGUGGCUUUAGGGUUGGCAUGAGACUGGAGGGUAUCGACCCUGAACACCCAUCCAUGUACUGUGUCCUCACAAUCGCUGAGGUGUUAGGGCAUCGAAUCAGACUGCAUUUUGAUAAGUAUUCAGACUGCUAUGACUUCUGGGUAAAUUCCAGCUCUCCUGACAUUCACCCAGUGGGAUGGUGUGAAAAAACCGGACACAAGUUGCAUCCACCGAAAGGGAUGAAGGAUGAAGAGUUUAGCUGGUCCUCUUACAUCAAACUAAAUAAAAUACAGACGGCACCCAAAGCGCUCUUUCAGAACCAGAACAUGACCGUGACGCCGUCAGGGUUUAGGGUUGGUAUGAAGCUGGAGGCCAUCGAUAAGAAGAAUCCCUCGUUCAUCUGUGUCGCCACGAUUACAGACAUGGUGGAUAGUCGAUUCCUGGUGCACUUUGACAACUGGGAUGAAAGUUAUGACUACUGGUGUGAUGCAACGAGUCCUUAUAUCCAUCCAGUUAGCUGGAGUCAAGAGAACGGCAGGACCCUCACCACCCCUCCAGGAUACCCUGAUGUGAAGAACUUCUCCUGGGAGAAAUACUUGGCAGAGACCAGCUCAUUACCAGCUCCUGCUCGAGCCUUCAAAGUGAAACCUCCUCACAGUUUCCAGCUCAAUAUGAAGUUGGAGGUGGUCGACAAGAGGAAUCCUGCUCUGAUCCGAGUGGCCACAGUGGUUGAUACAGACGACCAUCGACUGCGGAUCCAUUUUGAUGGCUGGACAGAUGAAUAUGAUUACUGGAUCGAUGCAGACAGCCCAGAUAUUCAUCCUGCCGGGUGGUGCGCCAAAACCGGACACCCACUGCAGCCGCCCAUCACUCCUCAGGACGUGUUUGAGACGUCUGAGCAGAGCGGCUGUCCUACACCAGGCUGUAAAGGAGUGGGUCACAUCAAAGGAGCCCGCUACUCUGGACACCACAGUGCUGUGGGUUGCCCGUAUUCUGACAUCAACCUAAAUAAGGACUCGGUUCUGCCGGAUCGCUUGAGCGGAGAGAUGCCGGGAAGCGGAGUGGGCCGGCCGCGCAGAGCAGAACCAAACACAGAGAUUUCAGCUGACGCUAAUGACAAACCCGUCACCUCUGUCCCAUCACAUCCGGAUAAACCCAGCACAGCAGCCGCUGCCAUGGAAACGCCGGUGAAGAAGCCCGUCGGCACGGAGACCAAGCGAAGGGUUGGUCGGCCCUGUAAAGUCCGGAAAGUCGAGGAGCUGCCGCAGGAAGAGGAACUGGAGAGUGAGGUGUCGUCAGUCACCGAAACCAAAGAGCUGACUCUACAGCAGGCUUUGCACCAGUCUGUAUUCAUGCCGUGUUCCAGCCCAUCUCCCAGCAUGCCUCACUGCUGGGAUCAGCACAGCAAACUGCUUCCAACAGUGGCAGGCAUCACAGCCAGUAAAGUGGCAGCGUGGAGCGUGGAUUGGUAUUGGUGUUCUGAAUACUGA